CCAACAGUGAGCUGCGAGUGUGGAGAAAUCAAUCUAACGAAAAUGGGUUCAUUUCGUCUUCCAUCGACAACUCUACACUUAUCCGCUACUGAUAAUCAUAAAAAACUCUCCUGUUCUUUCCAUAAACCCAUUACCCAAUCUAACAACAAAACCUUCUCUCUUUUAAUUUCUCAGUUUCCUAUUGUUCUUCCAAUUAGAACCAGCUUCACUGUAAAAUUAUCCUCUUCUACAACUCAAGACCCACUUCUUGAACUCCAAUCGAAUACUCAGAAUGAAAAAGAAGAAGAAGAAGAAGAAGAGUUUUCAACAACAAGAGUGCUUGCUGCCAAUGUUCCUUGGUCUUCUACUCCUGAAGAUAUCCGUGCUUUGUUCCAUCCAUUUGGAACUGUUGUAGAUAUUGAGCUUUCUAUGUAUAACAAAAUCAGAAACAGAGGAUUGGCUUUUGUCACUAUGGGUUCUCCUGAAGAGGCAGCAGCUGCUAUUACAAAUCUUCAAUCUUAUGAAUUUGAGGGCCGUACUUUAUUUAUGAAUUAUGCUAAGAUUAAAAAGAAGAAACCUGCACGACCAUCAGCACCAAAGCCGGUGUCAACAUUUAAUUUGUUUGUAGCAAAUUUGCCAUUUGAUGCUAAGGAAAUAGACCUCAAGGAGUUUUUUAAAUCUGAAGGAGCUGAUGUUGUUUCCGCUGAAAUUAUAUAUCGUAGUCAUGACAAGAUUCGAAAGCCAUCCGGGUAUGGUUUUGUUGCCUUUAAAACUAAAAAAGAUGCUGAUUCUGCUCUUUCUGCUUUUGCAGAUAAGAUGUUUAUGGGAAGGCCAAUUCGAGUGGCUCGUAGCAAACAAUUUGCGAGAGGACCAAGAGAAGAGGUUGAGCAAUCAGAUGAUACUUCAACUGAGGUGAACUCGGGAACGGAGCAGGCAGAUGCAAGCAACGACAGUUGAGUCCAUUAUAUUUGGGGAGAGUGAGAUAUCGUAUUGCUCAUUUUUGCAAUUUCAUAGUUAAUUGUGCUCAACACUAAUCUCGAGUCUUAUAGAAAGUAAUAUGACCAUUGAAUAUGCAUUCCUAUGAUAGAGGUCGGACCAAAUUGUCUCUUCGCAUGUACUAUACCUUUUAACAUAUUAUGUAGUGUGUAUGCAUUUUUUUUUUUCUGAAAUGGAAUCAACUUUUGGCUA